UUCCCAAUGACAGUAGUGUUAAAUCAGAUAUGAAAAAAAGAUCUAAGAAUGUUGGGAUUUUUAAUAAACUUAAAAACUGGGAAAAAUUUAUAGUCUCCAAUGAUAGUGAUGAUGAUAGUUAUGAUAGUGAUGAUGAUAGUUAUGAUAGUGAUUAUGAUUCAAUCAAACAGCAAUUUUUAGAAGCAGACAAAUUAAGCAAAGAAAUGGCAAUUAUUAUGCAAAAACAUGAAAAUAUUAAGUAUACAUCCAAACCUAUUGAUAUGAAAGGAAUUGUUUCAGAGCUUAAUAAUUAUAAGAGCAAUUAA